AUGAAAAGGAAAAGGAGAGAAAAAUAUGUGGAAAAUAAAUCGGAUUGGUUGCUACGGAAACGUCAGGGUCUCCGACUUUUGGAUCCGAUUGGCUAUCAAAUACCCACUUGUUCUCAUGGACCCUGUUUGUUGUUCGAACGUAAAACUGCACAAACAACAGAGAAAUUCUUCGCCUGUGCCGUUUAUCGAUCUCAGAAACAUUGUCCAUUUCGACUAAAUAUAAGUUGCAAAAGUAUUUCAAGCAAUUGGCUUCAUAAUUCCGACAAUUUAAAGGAUGCCACGACAUCAUUUUGUUACGCUACUAUCCGAAAAAAAGUGAAUUUAUUGAGAGCAAAAAAUGAAGAGAUUUACUAUUGUGUAACUUGCAAUGAUGUAUUUUCAUUGCCACAUACUCAUCCGGUCAAAGGACCAUUUGGAAUCUCUUCUUUUAGAAGGCCUUCACAACUGUUCUCCGCACACAUACAGAAUGAUUCUGAAAGUCAGUAUUGGUUUACGGAAGAAUCUUUAACAGUAAUAGUAAAUGCCAUUGAUAAGUCCGGUUGUGAUGGAUUAUUGUGUAUCGGAACACCAACAGUAUUCGAACAUUUUCAAAGUCACAAAUUACUCCGACAAAAAAUGAAAUCAUUUUUGUUGGAUAUCGAUGCCCGAUUUGUACCAUUUCUACGUUCUAGUCAUUUUGCAGUAUACAGUAUGUUAGCAAAUUAUUUUUACGAUCCAAUAAGUAUGAGAAAACUUAUUACAUUCUUUGAAUCAGUCCAUCGUUUGGUGAUGAUAUGUGAUCCUCCUUUCGGUGUUUUCAUAGAAGCCUUGAUGAAUUCAAUAAGAAAGCUUCGAGAGCAAUUCUUCAAUUGUAGCAUUGGAAAAUUGAAUGAUAGCUGGUGUAAGAAUAUCAUUGUUCUUCCAAUUUUCGUUGGAAAACGCUUCCUAAAUUGCAAUGAUUUCCAUAUGUUGGACUACAGAAUUUGCUACAGAAAUCAUUUAAAAUAUAACCGACCAGAGAAAUCCAUCGUUCGUAUUUUUACUGAUCUUCCAUUGAAUGAAUUCGACUUGUCAACACUUCCUGAUUACAGAUUAAUACUUGCAAACACUGCAGUAGAUGUGGCCGGUGUGUUAAAAGCACAUACAAACAUUGUUCAUUGUGCGAUCAUUGUCAUCUGCCACAAAGAUGUCCUAAAAUUCAGGGUGAAG